UCUCGUUCCUAUUCACUGAUAUUUAUAAUUGGAACCGUGGGUAACAUUUGUACCUGUGUAGUGAUCACCAGGAACAGGUCAAUGCAUACCCAUACAAACUUCUAUCUGUUCAGUUUAGCGCUCUCCGACCUGGUGGUCCUUUUUCUGGGUCUUCCCAUGGAACUUUACGGGGUCAUCGACUUUGCCUAUCCGUAUCAGUUCAGUGAAUGGGUUUGCAAAGGACGAGCAUACCUUAUCGAAUUCACCAGCUAUGCUUCUAUACUUGUCAUCUGCUCAUUUACUGUAGAAAGAUGGCUAGCCAUAUGUCAUCCACUUCGAUCUCAGUCAUCGCCGAAAGUCUCCCGAGCUUAUAUGACAAUCAUGCUCAUGUGGACGAUCUCAGCCAUUUCGGCUUUACCCAUGGGAUUCAUCGUGAAGAUCAAUCGUCUGCCAUUACCUGAAUGGGCUCUGGAUCAACCGUGGAUAGGAACGGUAUCGGAGGACUAUAUGACCGUGAAAGACACGCAGUUUUGCGCAAUGGACGUCGAUCAGCCUGAACAACAGAAACGUCUCAUCUAUUUUGCCUUUAUUGCCUUUUUCAUGGUACCAGUGAGGGUACGAACCAGUACUUCAGUGGUAAAGAAGAGGGGAAAAUCUGAAGGAAUCCUGAAAUGA